AGUGAAGCAGUGAAGGCAGAGGCUGAGGCAGAGUGAUGCUGCACCUGUUCAUGCUCACCUGAGGAAAAGAAAGGGAACUGCCUUAAACCAGCAAAGAGAAGAGAAAAGGACUCCAGGCAUGGCAGAACAGUUGAAUAUCUAAGCGGAUUUCUUUCAGGCAGUUUGUUAAAACUAAGGUCGGUUCUCCAGUCUCUGCUGCUGCCAUGGCUGACUCAAGCUGGUGGAAGUUGACCUUCUCAAGGAAGAAAAAGUCAGAAUCCAAGGUUCUGUACGAGAUUCCCGCAGAGUAUGGCAGCAACAACGGAAACAAGGAGCAUCCAGGUGCCGCUCCUGACAGCAUGGACAGCCAGAUAAAUGCCAGGCUGGAGAAGAUCGUAGACAAAUCCGCCUCCAAGGGCCGUCAUGUUAAGGUCUCACAUUCUGGUCGCUACAAGGAGAAGAAGAGAGUACGGGCCACGCUGGUGGAAAAUCCAAAUCUGUUUCCAGAGAAGGACCCAGCGGAUGAGAAUCACAAAAAGAAGACUGAUAAAUAGCAAACGAAACAGGCUUGAUGAUGGAUGUGGAAUUGGGAGUCACUUCCCCAGUGUGUUACUGUGAACCACACCCACUGAAACCACGGUACUCACACUUUAACAAACAAAUCAUAGGCGUCCACACAACAGAACUGGGACCAGUUCUGCUGAUUUUAAAAGAUUCCACAGUUUUCCUCUGCUUGUUCUGUAUCUGCACAAAUAAAUACCAACAUGAAGGAAAGGUCCAGGCUCAGCUUGUGAACCACAAAAAUGUCAUUUCUUUUUUUUAACUUUUAUUAUUGAGCUUUGUUCAAAUAAAACCUUUUUAUGUUUUUCAAAGCGAAAUUAGGGUACCCCCUUUUUUUUAAAGGAAGUACUCUAUGUUUUACUACAAAUUUAUGAUCUAAGCAAAUAAAUCUUGAUUUAAAACACA